AUGCUGCGCAGGUCUGCUUUUUUUUUGUUGGGUGCAUCCCGCAUAUUUUUGUCGGGUGGAGGUUCGGGUCCUACACCGUAUCAAGACAAGGCGUACCCUGUACAACCUCACGGCUUGAACGAGCUUCAGCAACCACCGGAUACAUGGCGUAAGAGCCCAUUCAUGAGUAAGCUGAUGGAUCAAUCUCUUCCCGUCUACGACGAUGUUGUCACGGGUUCCGGUCGUCUUUACUGGCAGGAGCCUGCCAAGGUCUGGCAUUUCUUUGAGGCAGAUGACACUCUCAUUCUGGAGGAGCACGACCGUGAGGAGUGGAAUGAUCGUCCAUACAUUGCCGUAAAUCACCUCUACGAACCACCCAUUGGCAGCGAGGAGCGUCCUAUCCGUAUUGAGGCAGUGGGUAACCCUGGCGACCAGCAAAUUGUGCUCUGCUUUGGCAACUGCGCUCCUCAUGUCCCGCAGUCCAACUACUACAUGAUGAUGAAGGGUUAUACCAAGAAUAAAUGCCCCAUGUGCCAACAGUGGUUUUACGUUCACAAUCGUCCCUGGUUGGUGAUGCACCCUGACUGGACAGAUGAACCUGCCGCGGAUGAGGGUCCAGCGUAUACCUUUGCUGAAAUUGAGGCAGAAUUCGACCGUGACUUCCACGAAUUCGCCGUUUACCUGAACGCUGAAUAG